GCCAAAAAAAUGGUUAUUUCGCUUGCGUUAUCGACGGCACCAAUGAGUACGACGAUUAUCUCUGCCACGAGGCGGUCCCAAGUUCCACAGCCUAAAGCUAAGAAAGUCAAGGCGGAGAAUAAGCGGCCAACGACGACGUCGACGAGCGGUUUUUCCGCCAGAACGAAGGAAUUGACGUGGCAGUGCGUCGAAGGUUGUGGAGCUUGCUGUAAGAUUGCAAAGGACUUCGCUUUCGCAACACCUGACGAAAUCUUCGACAACCCUGAUGAUGUGGAGCUUUAUCGAAGCAUGAUCGGAGAUGAUGGAUGGUGCAUAAACUACAACAAAGCUACACGCAAAUGCUCGAUUUAUGCUGAUCGUCCAUACUUUUGUCGGGUUGAGCCGGAGGUUUUCAAGUCACUCUACGGGAUUGAAGAAAAGAAAUUCAACAAGGAAGCUGUCAGCUGCUGCAUUGACACCAUUAAGACGAUAUACGGCCCUGAUUCCAAAGAAUUGGAUAACUUCAACCGUGCCAUCAGAAGUAGUCCGAGUUCGAGUUGAUAGUCAGAUGAACUCAAAGGCAGGUACUGAUUCAGUUUUUACUUGUUAAUUCAUUCCUUAAAGUUCCCUCAAUGCACUUUUGGUAUACAAUGUGAACAAUAGGCUUA